AUGGCAUCCGGCGAGCAACAGAUCAUCACCAGCGACGCAUCGAGCGUAAACGGCAAGACCACCCAGCUUGCGGCGGUAUGCCAUGGAGCUGUCGACCUGCGUGUCGAAGAGCGACCUAUCCCAGCCCCUGGACCAGGAGAGGCUCAGAUCCAAGUAGCUCUGACCGGACUGUGCGGAUCAGACCUGCACUACUACUCUAACGGCGCCAACGGUAUUUUCAAGAUCCUCUCCCCCAUGGUCCUCGGACACGAAGCCGGCGGGGUCAUCACCGCGCUCGGUUCCGACCUCCCUUCCACCUGCACCCUCAAGGUCGGCGACCGGGUCGCGAUGGAGGUCGGGGUCAUGUGCAAGUCGUGCCAGUUCUGCAAGAAGGGGAAGUACAAUCUUUGUACGGGGAUGCGAUUCCGCUCGAGCGCCAAGACGUUCCCGCAUCUCGAUGGAACGCUGCGGGAGUUCAUGGUGCACCCUGUUGACCUUCUCUACAAACUCCCCGACAGCGCUACUCAGAUCCAAGCUGCCCUGGCCGAACCCCUCGCGGUCGUCCUGCACGCUUUCCGUCGCGCGAACGUGCAAGCCGGCGCCCGCGUCCUGAUCCUCGGUGCAGGCGCUGUCGGUCUCCUCGCCUGCUCCCUCGCCCGCGCAUCGGGCUGUACGCAGGUCAUUGCGGUCGAUAUCGAAUCGGCAAAGCUCGACUUUGCCAAGAAGAUGGACUGGGCCACCGGGACAUACACCUUGCCCAAGGGCCCAAGGGUAUCGGGCGCCGAGGCGAUCGAGACUGCCAAGUCUGGCUGGGAGGGGUUGAAGGCGGACCCGGCUGUUGCUGGUGUCGAGGGGCUGGCGGAUGGAUUCGAUGUGGUAUUUGAGUGCACGGGUGUGGAGAGCUGCAUGCAGUUCGCGGUCAUGGCCGCUCUCCCAGGUUCCAAGGUCCUCUUUGUCGGCAUGGGCACACCAAAUCUCCUCCUCCCUACCGGCCCCUCACUACUGCGUGAAGUCGACAUGCUCGGUGUCUUCCGGUAUGCCAACUGUUACCCCGAAGCGCUUGCUCUUCUCGGGUCGGGCAGACUGGGGAAUGUCGACCAGAUGGUUACGCAGAAAUACCCAUUGUCGCAGGCCGAAGAGGCGUUCCAGGAUAUGAAGCGCGGGAGGGACAAGGAUGGGAACGCUGUCAUUAAGCCCAUGAUCUAUUCUAGCGAUCACCAGUAG